AUGGCUUCGCUCAUGCCCCGCGGAUAUUGCUCUGCCACCGAAUUUCGCUUCGACAAAGAACAAGCUGACGCCAUUAUUCGAACCACUGCCUAUCACCGUAAAGACUUCUGCCUGUCCGUAAUAUGGUACUCACAUCGGGAACACAAUGAGAUUCGUCCGUCAAUAUCAACACCCUUCCAGCGGAUUUCAAAGACUGGACUUGGCUCCCUCGAUCGGCUGCCCCUCGAGCUCCUGUUUGACACCUUGUACCUUCUAGACAUGUAUUCUUUGUUCAGAUUUCGACAGAUCAAUCUCAGAUCAAGGCAGAUGGUAGACUCCCUCAAGCAGUAUCAUACGGUUGUCUCGCAUGGACUGAACCUUUUCUGCGCCUUGUUACGAACACGAAUUGCCACUGACAUUACUCUACUCGACUUUUACAAGGCAUUAUGUACUAAGGCAUGCACGCUCUGUGGCGAAUUUAGCGGGUUUAUAUCCAUACUAGCUUGGACGCGAUGCUGUUUCAAAUGCCUCCAGGAGUCCCCGGAGACACAAGUGCGGACUCUUGCCUCGGUCCGAAAGCAAUUACACAUGGCCAAUGCUGAAUUAGGUCAACUGAGGUCGUUUAAGUCCUUGCCUGGAAUAUACUCGAUGAAUGAAACUGUGCAGAAUUCCCGCAUUACACUCUCCAACCAGGGAGCUCUGACCGACAUCAAAAGUUUAACUUCAUGGGGUCAUGUGCACUUCCCUAUUACGAUAAAGAAACUGGCAGUGUUGAGCACGGAGUUUCAUGUGCCGGGUGCCAGCUUGCCAUUGAGAAAGAUAUUAUCGGCACCAGGGGUACAAAAUGGGGGUACGACGCUCGAGACAAAGUAUAUGCGCAAGACGGUCUUCUGGACCACUUUCGAUGGUGUGAACAGGCACAUUUACUAUGGAGGUCUAGUGGCCAAGGCAGAAUCCAGCCACCCGAGCUACCUGUGUCUGCUCGGACAGGAGGCUACUUUCGAAGAAGAGAAUGACGACCAGAUGGAGUUCACCUGCUAA